AUGGAAGGUGAAAAACCAGAGUUUGAGGGAUCUGAGAUUGAGUAUGUGAGCUAUAGCGGGGAGCAUCACCUGCCGAUGAUUAUGAAUCUAGUGGACGAGGAGCUCAGCGAACCCUAUUCCAUCUUCACCUACAGAUACUUCGUCAAUCUCUGGCCCCAUCUCACUUUUCUCGCAUUCCAUAAGGGGAAAUGUGUGGGGACGGUGGUGUGCAAGAUGGGAGACCAUCGCCAUACUUACAGAGGAUACAUCGCCAUGCUCGUUGUUCUCAGCCCUUACAGAGGCAGAGGCAUUGCAACUGAAUUAGUGACCAGGUCGAUCAAAGUGAUGAUGGAAUCAGGCUGUGAGGAGGUGACAUUGGAAGCAGAAGUUACAAAUAAAGGAGCACUCGCGCUUUAUGGCCGUAUGGGGUUUAUUAGAGCCAAGAGGCUUUUCCGAUACUACUUAAACGGAGUUGAUGCUUUCAGACUGAAACUAUUGUUUCCACGUCAAGAACCCAGUUAUUCUGAAUCUGGGGUUUUAACCAUGGAUGAGGGGGCCCAUGGUGGCAGGAUGCAACCUGAAGAAAGUACUGCUCCGUAG